AUGGAGAACAGCGACAAAGAGGCCGGUCCCGGGGCACGACCCCCAAGUGGAAAGUCCCCUACCAGGCUGCAAAAACACGCACCUGCAGCUCUUCAGCUUGAUGGAAUCGAGAACAAUGGCAAUACCGAACCUUAUGCUUCCUCUUCCUGUGCAAUUCCAUUGUUAUCUCCACUUGUACUUUCUCCCCAGUUUUCGCAUGAGGCAGAAGAGAUUCGAUUAGCAGGUAAUGGCAACGAUGAACGAGAUCAUAAUGAGUUGGGUGCAACCCCGGCAUCAGGUGGAUGGCAACAUCCAGCCGUGGACGCAUUGACAGAACCUUCAACUCUCUUGGCUUUUUUCCAAUCACAAUGCACAAUUGUUAACCGGGUGCAGUGA